UAUCAAAAACGAAUGGAGUAUGUAACAACAAAUAUGAAGGCUUUAUCUGUUAUAGAGAGUGAAAAAAGAAGCAGUUCUUCAGCAUGGCCGGAAACACCAGUUCUGAAUAUUUCGGGAAAAUUGAAACCAUCCCAGAAACGUCGUAAGGCUCCGCUUUCAUCCGCAGAAGAAGUCAACGUUAACACGUUCCCACUAAUUCUAAGCAGAAUUCUUUUAAAAAGUGAUGAAGGUCCUUUACAUCCUCCAUCAAAAGAAAACUGGCUACAGUAUGUAGGAGUGCUCUGCCUAUUUAAUAAAAUUUCUAACGCACAUAUGUAUCAUAUAUUCUGCACUACCGAAAAAUAUGUUGGCAUUGAUUAUGAAAAAGUGUCAUUACUUUAUAAAAAGAAGCCGCAUAUUUGUGAGCAGAAUAGAAUAACUCAGCCAGCAAUUUGUGCUAGAGCGUUGUGUUUGCGCAUUCGAAAUACCUUUAAGGAAUACAAAUGGAAUAAUGAGGGAAAUGUUUUUGAGACGUUACCUGGUGCUCACCACAACGUGGGUAUGAUAUCGGCAAGAAUUCAUGAAAUGGGGAAGGAGGAACUGAAAAAAUUGCUCUAUUAUCUAAGGUUCUUAUAUGCUACGAAAAUGUAGGGAUAAUGUAGAUAAUUAUUGUGAGUGUGCUUAAUUCACUAAGUUAGCUCAAAUUGUAUUAAGAUAAGUACGUUUUUUUUUUUCAAAAUAAAAUUUGUUUGACUUGAAAUUCCUUCUUAAUUCUUUUACAUACAUAUGCUUGUAUGUACUUUAACAAUGUCUUCUGUGAAAAGCUUUUUAUUAGCAAAUAUUAUCGCUUAAGGUGGAACGUU